UGCAUAUACUGGUUGACUACGUGGCUCCGACGUUCCUCUACAACGGACCGGGGUGAUUUAAAUUUAGACGGAGUAAGAAGAGGGGCAAUUUAGAUCUGUCUGAAAUUGAAUGAGUAGCUAGCUAAUACUUUUAUAGUUUAAAGCAACAUUUAUUAUUUUCCAUUCAUACGUUUGGAUUAACGGUUUGCAAUGUCUGGGAAAAUCAAGAGCCGAAUCGCGGCAAAUGCCGACUUGUUAUCUGGAAGUGUGUCUUGCGAUGAGCGCAUUUUACGAGACUGUCAUCAGUUGUACAUUGAUGCCGACAGUGGGCUGGUAGCAGUGGCCCAGUCAGUUGGCGUGACUCUGCUGGCACCCAGGAAAAAGAUCACUGUCAUGUUGAUGGGCAACCACUCUGCUGGCAAGAGCUCCUUCAUCAACUGGUAUGUGGAGGAGCACAUCCAGCGUACAGGAGUGGCCAUUGAGACGCAAGGCUUCAGCUUUGUUACUAGUGGGCGCAAGAGAGAGUCUCUCACAGGAAAUGCCACGCUGCACCUUUACCCACACUUCAAACCUCUACACGAGAUCAAGGGUGUGUCUGAGUACCUGGGCACUGAGAUCUGCACGUCGCGGCAGAAACGCUUCAGCCUAGUGACGUUUGUGGACUCUCCUGGCCUGGUGGACGGGGACAUGAAGUACCCCUUCGAUGUGGACCAGGCCAUCAUGUGGCUGGGCGAGCUGUGUGACCUCAUCCUGGUGUUCUUUGACCCCAUGGGCCAGGCGCUGUGCAAGCGCACCCUCAACAUCGUGGAGAAGCUCAACGAGAAGCACGGUGACCGCCUGCGCUUGUACCUCAGCAAGGCCGACGAGGCCGGGGGAGAGUCGGACAGACAGAGGGUGAUGAUGCAGAUAGUCCAGGAGCUGUGCAAGCGGCCGGGACUCAACAAGUGUGGCUUUGACAUGCCUACCAUCUAUGUCCCCAACCCCAACAAGCCCAGUCGCUGUGUGAACCAGAUUGAGGAGGCAUGUCGCACCAUCGAGAAGACCAUCAACCAGACGGUCCAGAACACACUCAACUCACUAGAGAAGGACUGUGAGCUUAUCACUGAGGCCAUUGCAGAUACACUCAGCCAAGACAGGCAGACCAGUGUAGAUAACCGGCGGGCGCGCUGUAAGGGCUGUUUGUUGGCUCUUCUGGGCUUCAGUGUGCCCUUCAUGCUGAUGGCAGCCCUGGUGCUGGGCAGCUUCUCCAAAGAGCUGCUAGAGAUGGCCCUGGGGGAUGACGGCAUCGAGGCCCUCUCUCUCUACCUGGCUCCUGUAGUGAGAGUGUUUGACUCCAUGUCCGUGGAGUACCAGCUCUACAGUUGUGGCGGACUCAUCUUCCUCUCCUUCCUACUCCUCAUCCUUGCCCGCUUCUCCUUCAGGAUUCAGCCCACUCUCUCUGGCCGACAGAAGAGGCAGCUACAGGAAAAGCUGGAUUAUGUGCAGGAGGUGGUGAAGACAAAGAAGAAGAAGCUCUAUGAGGAAUACCUUCGCCAGAGUGUGGGUGAUCAAGAUAUGGACUGAAAGAAAAUGGAGGAAACCACUGAAGUACCACUUAACAUUCCUACUGUAGAGGACCAAAUGUAAUGUAGGGUUUAAACUGUUCCGGCUUUACCUUCCUGGCCAUGCCUUAUGGUGCAUUCAUGACAAUUCUGAAACUCAAGAGUUUAAAUGAACAUAAGUUAUUUGUGUAGAGCAGGGCUGUUCAAUGUCAGUCAUGGAGGGCCAAAGCACUUCUGGUUUUCAUCCUUCUAAUCAGAUUCAAUGUCAGUCAUGGAGGGCCAAAGCACUUCUGGUUUUCAUCCUUCUAAUCAGAUUCAAUGUCAGUCAUGGAGGGCCAAAGCACUUCUGGUUUUCAUCCUUCUAAUCAGAGACUGAUUCAGACCUGGGACACCAGGUGAGUGCAAUUAACUACCAGGUAGAAACAAAAGUGUUUCGGCCCUCCAGGACCAUAAUUGAACGGCCCUGGCGUACAGCUUCCUAUUGGUUGAUUCUGAUUCUUUCCAAGUGGGAAAACUCUGGCCUCCUCUUUCUACAACGAAUGUCCAAGUAAAAAAUGUCUGAGUUUCCGUUUCUGAGUUUUGUCUUGAACGCACCAUUUACGUGUCACUGCGGAGUACGCAGGGUGACAUGGGAAAUGUAAUCCUUGUCCAAGUGUUGUCAGUCCAAUAUCUGUUCAUUCAUGUAGUUGUAAACCAUAGAUCGCCUCAAUUUCUGAUAAUUUGAGCUUUCAGAACCCAACUCCUAACUUCGGCACGCACUGUAAUAUUAAUUUCCCAAUUUUUCACUACCAUGUUACCUGAUUGUUGUUUUUAAAAUCUACCUAACAUCAUGGGACCUGUAUUUUUGUAUGAGAUUAGAUUCUGUUUCCAAACUACAUUAGGAAUUGAACAAAGCAUUUAUAUACGUUUUUACAAUGUGUUUGGUAUCCACAGUUGUGCCUGUUUGCUACUCCAGGCUUCAACAUCUCAGACUCAGACAAACACCUAUGAUGCAAUAUAAACCAAUAAUAACAUUCUAUGAGGGUCAUGGGACCUGUAUUUUUGUACAAGGUGAACUCUCAGCAAUCAAUGUCUCUGUGAGCAAAUCGGCAUUAAAUGACUUUUGCGAUACUA